GCCCCGCUGCCGAACACGGAACUGCUGUCUGCGGCUCCAUCUCUGCAGACUGACUCGCCAACGCAGAAGACGCAGCUACACAUUUGGAGCGACGGCGUCUAAGUUGUCAUUACUUGCAGGAUGUUCCGCUUGCGGCUGUUGUCCGCUGUUUCGGUGGGGCUAGCGCAGUUGUCCCGACGCUACCACAGUGGGGCAGUGCGAAGGCCUGGCCAGAGGAGGCUGAUGCUGGCAGCCCUGGCUGGGGUAACUGGUGUGUCUGCUAGCGCUGGGCUGCUUUGGAAAAGAGCUUACGCAGACGCUGGGUCUUCUGUUCGACACUCUGAGCAACCAGGAGGAGAGGAAGCUGAUUUUAUGAGGGAUACAGAGUCUGAGACGGAGUCUGAGAAAUCAGUGGAGGCCAGCAACGGAGAUAAGGAAGUGAAGGAUGAAGGGGCAGAGGGAAAAAAAAAGAAGCCACGCUCUGGAUUCCGUGACCGCAAGGUGAUGGAGUAUGAGAACAGGAUAAGGGCUUAUUCGACUCCAGACAAGAUUUUCCGCUAUUUUGCCACCCUGAAGGUCAUUGGCGAGCAUGGAGAUGCUGAGGUAUACAUGACGCCCCAGGACUUCAUACGCUCCAUCACUCCAAAUGAGAAGCAGCCUGAGAGUCUAGGUCUUGAUCAGUUCAUUGUGAAGCGCUAUGAUGGGAAGAUGGAGGUAACUCCACGCGGGCUUGUCGAGGCCCAACAUCUCGCAGCCCCCCGUCCCCCCACCCCUCUUCAGAAAAUAGCCCAGGAGAGGGAGAAGUUUGCAGAUGAGGGCAGCAUAUUUUACUCUCUGGGAGAAUGUGGCCUUAUCUCCUUCUCAGACUAUAUCUUUCUCACCACUGUGCUGUCCACUCCCCAGAGAAACUUUGAAAUUGCUUUCAAGAUGUUUGAUCUCAACGGAGAUGGAGAGGUGGACCUGGAGGAGUUUGAACAGGUCCAGAGCAUCAUUCGUUCUCAGACCAGCAUGGGCAUGCGACAUCGCGACCGCUCCACCACAGGAAAUACCCUGAAGACAGCCGGCUGCAGCUCGGCUCUCACCACGUACUUCUUUGGAGAAGACCUGAAGGGAAAACUCACCAUCGGCAGCUUCCUGGAGUUUCAGAGGAAACUGCAGCACGAUGUGCUCAAACUAGAGUUUGAGAGGAACGAUCCAAUGGAUGGCAAAAUCUCAGAGAGACAGUUCGGAGGUAUGUUGCUGGCCUACAGUGGCGUCCAAUCUCGUAAACUCAAGCUGAUGCAGAAGGGAUUGAAGAAGAUGUUUAAGGAUGCACAGGGCAUCACAUUUGAGGAGGUGGAGAAUUUCUUUACCUUCUUAAAGAACGUGAAUGACGUGGACACAGCUCUGAGUUUCUACCACAUGGCCGGAGCCUCCAUAGAUAAAGUUACCAUGAAGCAGGUGGCCCGCACCGUGGCCAAGGUGGAGCUGUCAGACCAUGUGUGCGACGUGGUGUUCGCUCUGUUCGACUGUGAUGGGAACGGAGAGCUCAGUAAUAAGGAGUUCAUAGCCAUUAUGAAGCAGCGGCUGAUGCGUGGGCUGGAGAAACCCAAGGACAUGGGCUUCACUCGGCUGGUGCGGGCCAUGUGCAAGUGUGCCCAGGACACUGCCUGGGACUUCGCCAUACCCAAGACAUAGGAAGAAAAGAGAAGGACACUGUGUGAAUAAAGCAACAACACAUAAAGCAUCAAACGCAUUCUCCUUCCACAGGUCUUGAGAAUAACAACAAAAACCAUUAGUGCAAUGAACUCAUAGGACAGCAGCUCUGAGGGGCAUCAUUAAUCAUUAGCGCAUGCCGAUGUAGUUCAAGCCAUCAAUAGAGUGACUGAAGCAUGCUGACACAGUUCCGUGUCUCCCUAGACACCUCUCUGGUGUGCCUGUCCAAGGCAUCAUGGAUAUUUGUAUAUUUUAAAAUAUACACACUAACUUUGUAUGUGUAUUUUUGCCAUAUUCUAGAAGUGAUAUUCACAAUUUUCUGUGUGACGCUAAUAACAGCACUUUGAUAUCCAUAUUAAACACGUGUUACUGCAAAAGGGAAGAGGAGUGGAAUCACAUAUUUGACCUUCAGCUGAUAAACGCUGCAGUAUGUCUGUUCUACUCUGACAACAGACCCUUAAUUAUGUCUUUGGUGGGACGCAGAGCAGAAUCCUGUAAUCUUGUUAGCACCUCUUCAUUCAGGCUGAUAGCUCCAACUGCAGCUUUACUUUUUGUCCCAUGAAUGAUCAAAGAUACUUGUCUCUGUUUUACAAUGUCCUGUUCAAAGUGGUUAUUCUUCAAAUUAUUGUUUCUCACUUAAAUACUUUAUAAGAUGGAUGGUUAAAGAAAUGCUCUAUUAAAGAUGUUUUAAUAAAGAAAA